AUGAGAUGUCGCCCUAUUCUCUUUCAUACUGAUGGUCCUAAUGUCGGUGGUCAGGUAAGCUUGAUGAACGAAGAUGAGAUAUCUGUUUUGAGCAAGUAUAAUGUUGACGAAGCUUCAUUAGAUAAAAGGCAAAAGGUUGGAAGCACAAAAAUGCCGCCCAGCAUUGGUACAAGACCUCUAACUCGACAAGCCUUUUCAAUGGUUAAUGGGGGUCAUGAUCAGCCUCCGACAAGUGGCCCGCCAAGCGUUGCUGGCUCGGAUUGUGGUGUAAUUGAGCUCACCAAAGAGGAUAUUGUGGCAUUACUGAGUGAGAAGUUCAAAAUUAAGAAUAAAUAUAACUAUAAGGAAAUAUUUGAACAAAGGUUUGAGUACAUAAAAAAGCUUAAGCAAUGUAUCAAAUGGUUCUUACGGCUUGAGGGAAAUUAUAUUACAGAGCAGAAGAAACUGAAUAAUUUGUUGGAAAUGGUAGAGAAGCAAUUCAAUGAAAUGGUAUGA